AGGAUGAGGCUGCCCUUGCAUUAAACCUCAGGCCCUUUCCCACGCACCUCCGCCUCGGCCUGUAAAGCUCCGGACAGCAUCUCAGGCGCCAUUGAAUGCUAUGUCGUCUUUGCAGCUUCAAUCCUCAGUCACCAGCUUUUCAGAGACGAUUGGCCUCACCACCCGCAGACCCGCACCCAGCAUUUGCUCUCGACAAGCAUCAGCAUCAACCUCGUUUUUACCGUCUGGCUGCCGCCCGAGGCAUGCCAAUUUGGCCAUUGCCGCUUCCUCCAUCGCAUACUAGCAGGCCGUCUGCGACCCGGGGCGCCUGCUAGGACAAAUGCUCGAAAGAACCGCGGCCGCGAGUCUGGAAUCAUGCAACAUCCAGCGUAUCAUUCCGAAGCCGACCCGCUCGACGAAGCGCGCCCGCCAGCUUCACACAGGCUUCUGGCAGCAUGGCGCAUCUGCCAUUGAGCUGUCCAGCAUCUGGCCUGCCGUGGGUCGGAUGCCCGAGACGGAGCCUGUCGAGAAUGCCACCCGCCCGCUGCAGGCAGGACUGGUCGCCUCGGCCUUUUUGCUAGAUUUUCUAUAUCCAAGCGCCACAUACUCGCUCCUACGGCGAUUGUAUCCACGGCUCCCACGGCCUCCGGAAGGGAGCCAAUCUGGCAGCGCUGCAAGAAGAAGGCAUUACACUUCGUCCACUGCUACCGCCGAAUAUGGCUCGCAAAGCUCUGAGAAUGCAUUCCACCCCGGCACUUCGACCCCACCAUCGAUGGAAUGUCUUUCUUCGGUGGGGAGCCAAGCAUUUCAGAGAGAUAAUGGAGCACCUGUGGCGAGGGAUUCACAUAAUUUCAACAAUUACUCGAAAGCGGCAACUUCAGAUCAAGUUUCUCACCGCCCAGCUCCCAUACGCGCAAAACACACGCCUCGAUUGCAGUCGAAGGCGGCGCUUCUACAUGACAUGCUUUCACACCAAGGCGAAGAACGCUUUCACGAUGUUUGGGAUUUAUACUGCAGGCUGGAGGAACAGCACCAGGCUGAAUUCCGCCGCUACAUGGUUAUAUACCUCUCUAAAUCUCGCGGCAUAGUUGAGAUCGGAAGAGCAAUUUCACUAUUCCGCCAGAUUCCCGUGUCCAGCUGGGAUGAUGAUCUUCUUGCAGCGGGUGUUCUGGCGUUUAUGCGAUCCGGCGACCUGGAGUAUGCCAUCAAUAGAUUAAAGGUUGGAAUGGACCUCAAGGGCCUAGUCGGUGGUCUUGAGUACGUCUUGGCUGAUAUCAUUGCCAACGAAAAAUGGGCCAUGCUCAUAGGGGUAUGGUUGGAAUUCUACGCAUCUCGUCUCAAGUUCGAGCCAGCUGGUCGACCGGAUGCCAUUCGUUUGCAACGGCUCGAAAACCUGCCCGGCUUGGACAAGCUAUUCUUCUCUUUUGAACAGUAUCUCUCCACAGAGGGUAUUAAAGCGAUGCGGCCAAUCAACAUCUACGAGACGACGAAGCUAGGUCUGAAAGCUUUACGGCGGAAGAUGGCGGAGCUGGCAUUGGCCCAUCCUUGUCAACCGAGGCAAGCCGCUGCCAUCUUGGAACUCUUUAGCGACCACCAAAUGUAUGAAGACUAUUUUCUUCGCGUGCUGGAAUCCUGGCGCGGCAAACCCGAGCUUACCUCCAACGUCACUUGGCUAUCGGAGCUAUACAAGACAUAUCGCAAACUCCCUGGUGCACAUCCGCCAGUCUCUUUACUUCAGCACAUGUUUGAGCUACAUUAUCCAACCGGCGCUGCAACACUCGAGGAGAUCUACAAGGACUGGCAUCGCGCUUGGGGAGAUUUGGAUCAGUGGGGAUAUGAGAAGUUUCUCAAGUUUUACGCUGGCAUUGGCGAUGUCCAGGCUGUUCAACAGCUAUGGGGGCGAUAUGUGGCCAAGUAUCCGCGCGUGUUGAGAAAACCCAGAGCUUUUAGGAGCACAAUGAAUGCCUAUGCGCAGGUUGGCGACAUUACCAGAGCAGAAAAGGAGCUUCGAAUCAUGACGGAUCACCAUGGAGUCAAGCCGGAUCUUGAUAUUUGGAAUACUCUGUUGAAGUGCUAUAUGAGGGCGCAAGAUUACAAUAGAGCGGUGGCCUGCUUCAAUGAGAUUUGCAGCAUGUACCGCCCCGACUCUUUUACAUACGCCCACAUCAUGGCCAUGUCUGCCAAGAAGGGCGACCUGGAGACUACGCUUGCUUUUUUCAACCGAUCUCAAAAGGACCGUGUCCCUGUAUCGAAAGAGAUGGCCAUGUCUUUGGUCAUGGUGUACUGCCGCAAUGAUCGACUGAUGGAGGCGGAAAGAAUAUGCAUGGAGUUGGCGGAACGAAAUGCAACGAGCACAGCCAUUUGGAACCAGCUCAUCCACUUCAACGGCAUGCAAGGAAGACUCAACAAAUGCUAUGAGCUGCUUCAGGCGAUGAAGUCGUUUGACCUUACAUGGGACCACCAGACGCACGAAUUUCUCUUGCAGGCACUUGUUAGAGUAGAUCAGGUCCAGCCUGCCUACCGCCUCUUGCGGGCUGCUUACAAGGAGAAGCUCUUUCCAGUUGGGCCGGAACAUUUUGCCGUUGUCAUGGCUGGCGCUGUUCGUACCGGCGAUCUUGGGCUUGUCGAGAUUCUUGCUACACAUUUGCUCAAAGCCGGUCAGGCGAUGAACUUUAAUGCUAAAGUAGCACUGGCCGAAGCUUCGUUUAGAAAAACGCCAUCUUCAAAUCGAACCCGCCAGCUUGGCAAGGAAUUCGUCGGCCACCUGCGCUCUAUGCUCAUUCAUGAGACCAGAGGACGAGAUGCCAACGCUGUUUCGACGCUUCCGAGCGACAUUCGGCACCUGAAGAAGCAGACCAAGAGCAUUGGCCGCGCUAUCAAGCUUCUGGUUGAGCUGCGAGACUUUACGACGGCCGAAGAAGUCAUGAAUCUAUACAGCAGCAUGUUCCCCAAGCAUAGGGGAGGCGAGCCGUUUCCCCCUGAGGUGGUUUCUGCGCUUAUGCUGGGCUACCUGAAGGACAGGAAAUUCAGCCAGAUACACAGGAUGUGGGACGAAACCUGGAAGAGAGUUCUUGUUCGGGCUCAGCGCCGCCAAGCUACGGGAGUUUACCCCGUCCACGAAUACGACGUCUCUAGACCGAUAACGAUUGUAGCAAAGACCUUUAGAGAAGAGAACAAUGGAAAGGGCUUGCUUGAAUGCGUCCAGCAGGUCACUUCAUCUGGCUUCAAGCUCACGCGGAACAACUGGAAUCUUUUGAUUCGAUAUCUAGCCGAGAUGGAUCAAUGGGAGCCUGCUAUGCGCUGGUGUGAAACCAUGCUCAUGCCGCGUUGGCGUGGCUGGAACCCAAGCAAGAGAAGUCUUCAGGAGCGUCGUCAUCUAAAGAAUACUCGCGUGCUCCAGGCUUCCAGUGCUGCUAUCCUUAGCUUGCAGCACCAGUGGCUGAAACUUCGCAAGUUGGCUGCCUGGUCUGCUGACGUCUCUGCCAAGUUGAGGGAGAUUGAGAGGUUGUAUCCUCGUUUGCAUUAUGCUUUUACGAAUACGGAUUUCGAACACCUCUCUGGUGGAUGGGAUGUUAACCGGAAAGCGAGCUUGAAGAAGAGGGCUACCGAGAUUCUGAGACCGUUUUCGCAUGCUGAGCUUAAGGGGAUGAAGAAGACGCUGGAAAGACAACUUCGGUCACAGCGUAGUAGGCAACAGAGAAGGCGUAUGAGAAGCCCCCUGCGAGCUGUAUCCGGCGUGUCAAGGGGUCGAACUCGUGGUUUGCGGAAAUCUGUUGCCAAGGCAGAGAGGACGGUGCCCAAAGACGGUGCAGAACGAGGCGAAUGAAAGGAAAGUUGGUCUUUGAGAGACUGAGAGGCAAAUGUCUUGUAGUGUAACAAGGGGCGUAAAGACACAUGGCACAUGACAUGUUUGGUUUUGAAGUAUUAGCAUAGACCUUUUUCGUUUUGGGUAAUCUAGAGAUAGGGGGGGUGUAGGCUUCGCCAUGUACAGUAGGAAAUAUCACAAGCAUGAAAUGAUGAGCAUAUAUAGAAAAACAAAGGAAAGGCUUUUCUGGCCAUUUACAUAUCCAAGUAUGAUGUCUAU